AUGAUGGCCAACGAGCCCGUCUUGACUUGCCACUUGCCGGCGGUCCUGAUCUGGUGGAGCAAGAUGGGCAAGAAGAUGGGCGUCGCCCACGACGUCGCGACCUGCACGAUCGACUUGACGGCCGAGACGGCGGCCUCGCGCACGGACGUGACCUUGUCGGCGAACGUCUCGCUGACGAUCUGCUGCAUCAGCUUCUCGAAGAAGAAGGGCUCGACGGCGUUGCCGACACCCUGCUCGACGAGGAUCGACAAGAGCUCGCAUGCGCCCUCACGCGCGACGGCGUUCUUCUUGUCGUUGAGUCCUUUUUCGAUCGCGUCGGCGAGGCCCAAUCGGACGAACGCCUGCGGGCCUUCGAUCUUGACGAGGUCGACGAGCUCGGUCGCGGCCUUCUCGCGCGCGGCGCGGUCGGGCGAGGACAGGACGGUGUGGAUGUCGACCUGGACCUCAUCGCCGGUCGCGACGUGGUGGCCUUCGGCCUUGACGGCGGCGGCGUCGAUCUUGAUCGGUGUCGAGACGGCGGGCGACUCGUUCUUGGACAUGACGGCGGUGGGCAUAAGGGUUGGGGGGUCGGUACGGUUAGGUAGGUGGCUUCCAAGACUGCGUGAUCCGGGCAGCGGAGAUGAGAUCGAGUUGAAAUCGAGUGUUCCGCAGCGUGUGUCCGGGCGGCGCGUAGUACGAGUGCGAGUGUAG